UAAUAUCACAUUUUAAAUUUUGUGACCGUUAUUUUAUCUGUUUCUCUUUUAAUAAAAAAUAAAAAUAGCCAUGUCGAAUUUUAUGACAGAUGAUGAAGAUUCUCCCCAAGAGGAAUCGGACGUGAUUGAAGAAAGUAUUGCAGAGAGCUCUUGUCUGGAAUCAGAAAAUGGUUCUAACAUGUCAAAUUUGACAGGAGCGAUAAAAAAAAAUGUUAGAAGAAGUAGUGCUAGUAAUAAAGUAAGGAGUAGUAUAAUGUCCGAUAGUGAUUCUUCUCCAGAACAUAACGUACACACCUACACUAAUAAACACAAAAGUUCGAAACAUAGAACACCAUCUUUCAGAAAUAAAUCAACUGACUCGCCAUCAUCCUCAACAAGCACAGAAGUUUUGAGAGAUAGUCAUUUUCAAGAUAAACUAAAUGUGAACAGUACCAGUCAUAGGAAAAGUUUUAUGAAAACUAGAUCUCCAGAAUUAAGUUCUGAUGAUAGUGAUGAUAAUAUAAGAUUUCAAAGGAAAACUAAAAAAAAAAUAAUUUCCGACUCUGAAUCUGAAGAGGAAAUUGUAAACAUUUCAAAUGGGUUUAAUAAAGAAGAGCAAGUUUCAGGCUCUAUAGAAGUUGUUGAUACUGAUCCAGAAAUUGAAAAUAUUACAAAAUCUUUUAACGCCUCUAUAAUUUCAAGCGAGAUUAAUUUUGGAAAGAAAGGAAAUAUCAUAAAUAGCACUUUAGUUGAUACAGAAAGCCAGAAUACUCCAAAAGCAGGCUCUAAAAGGUUAUUCAACAAAUCGGUUGACACUCCCAGGAUUUUAAAACAUUUGAAAGAGUCCACAACUCCCAUCAGUGUCACUCCAUCAAAAGUUAUCCAAAAGCAAGGAAAUGACUCCAUGCUAACACCUAGAAACGUUAGAGCAAUUAUACCGUCUCGUUCGCCAAGUCCGUCAAACAGCUUGGAAAUUGUGAGUGAAGGUGAAGCUGACAUAAUCGACAUUAGCAGCGGAGAUGUAUCUCCUCCUCCUCCACCCGCUCGUCGAAUUGAUCCAAAGAAGAAAAUUGUAAAACAGACUACUUUAGACACACUCAUUACUAAUAAAAAUAUGAAUAGUCCCACAGUGGUUAUGAAACAAGACAAGCCCAUCAAUGCCAUAGAGGUGUGCCCAAGAGAAAUGUCUGAGCAAAAAACGAAGAUUAAUAAAAUAGAGCAAGACCUGCUUAAAGCCAAAAAUUUGCUAAACACUGUAAAUUUAGACAGUCUCCCAGAUAAAGGUAAACUGAUAAGAGACAGGCAUAUGGCAAUCGAACAGAUGCUGAAACAGGAAAUUGAAAAAUUGUCUAUUAUGGUGGUGACAAAAGAUGAUACAGAAGUGAAAACGCCAGGAAUUUCAAAGAAAGCAGAACCGACCUGGGACGAAAUCCAAAUGAAUGCAAAUGCCGUGAUGCCAAAGACUUUUGGAAAGAUGGCGAUGUCAACCUAUAAUGCUCAGAAGGCUGUUACAAUGGACAGGCUGCAGCAAUUGCACGGUUCUCUUGAGAGCUGUCCAAAAGAAAACGACCUAGCCGAAGAUCCUAAAGGAUUGAAAGUCGAUCUUAUGCCACAUCAAAAGAGAGCAUUGGCGUGGCUGAUGUGGAGGGAAAAACAGAAGCCUUCAGGGGGCAUUUUAGCUGAUGAUAUGGGUUUGGGGAAGACCUUAACAAUGAUUUCCUUAAUGAUAAAAAGCUUAGAAGUGGAAGAUGAUGAAUCUGAUGAGGAAAAUCAGCCGACCAAAUAUAAAGGGGGUAUGCUGGUGGUCUGUCCUGCCAGUUUGUUGAACCAGUGGUCCGGGGAGUUGGAGAGGAGAACAAAGAGGGGGCUGGUUUCCUGUGAGUUGUACCAUGGACCAAAAAGAGAAACGAAACCAAAAAGACUAGCAGAGCACGAUAUGGUUAUUACGACAUACGCUAUAGUAAUGAAUGAGUGUGAGAAAAAUGGGGCUGUGUUUCGGGUAAAAUGGAGACGCAUCGUUGUCGAUGAAGCGCAUCAGAUUAGAAAUUACAAAUCGCAAACUUCUGAUGCCGUGUGCAGAUUAGCGGCGGAGUCUCGGUGGGCACUAACUGGAACUCCCGUCCACAAUAAAGAGCUGGAUAUGUACGCUCUAUUGAAGUUUCUGAGGUGUUCACCAUUCGAUGACUUAGCGGUGUGGAAGCGAUGGGUAGGUGAUAAAAGUACCGGUGGUCAGGAACGUCUUCACACGGUCAUAUCGUCGCUCAUGUUGCGAAGGACCAAAACCGAACUGAUGGAAAAAGGUACGUUGCAAUGCAUGCCUGACAGAAAGUGGGAAUUAAUAUCUGUGGAACUGUCCAAGACGGAGAUGGACGUAUAUCAGAAGAUUCUCUUGUUCUCGAGAACUCUUUUUGCGCAAUUUCUUCACCAACGAGCUGAGAAAAAUCAAGAUGCGAUAGAUUUGAAAUACACAAACUUUGCUACACAACCAAAUGGUCCAAAUCAGGAAUAUUUUAAAAUGAGAGAGAAAUUACUGCGUGUUCACAAAGUCAAGGACAUCAAGCAGCACGAUAUUUUGGUUCUUCUGCUGAGGUUAAGGCAAAUAUGCUGCCACCCUUCCCUGAUAACAAAUAUGUUGCAUGAGGAUAUGGAAGAAGUAGACGAAGACGGCGACCUUGAAGAAACAAACAUCCUCGAUCAGUUGAACAAACUGGUUUUGAAUGACGAUCACGACACGUCUAAUCCGGCCGAGGGUUUGUCUAAUCAAGAGGAUGCCCCUCGCUUAAAGGAAGCGGCAAAGACCAUUCUGAAUCUCUCAAAUCCCGUCUUUUCCAAGGAGAGAUUGAGUAGCAAGAUAAAAGCAGUUUUAGAUGUUAUUAAAGAAAAAAUUGUGAAGACUGACGACAAGGCCAUCAUCGUUUCUCAGUGGCCGUCGUUCCUUAGAUUAAUAGCGUACCAUUUAGACAAAGAGCGUAUCCCCUUCGAUCAACUCGAUGGUAGUAUUCCGGUUAAUAAGCGGAUGAUCAUGGUGGACAAGUUUAACAGUCCUAGCGAUAAGAUGAAGAUAUUGUUGUUAUCUCUUACUGCGGGAGGAGUGGGUUUGAAUUUAAUCGGGGCAAAUUAUUUGUUUUUACUCGACCUCCAUUGGAAUCCUCAAUUAGAAAAUCAAGCUCAAGACCGUAUAUACAGAGUAGGACAGCAGAAACCAGUAUUUGUGUACAAAUUUAUGGCUUCAGACACUAUCGAGAAGAGAAUUUUAGACUUACAAGAAAAAAAACUGGAUAUAGCAAAUUCGAUGUUAACGGGAACGAAACAAGUCACCGGAAGUAAAUUAUCAUUAAAUGACUUGAAAUUACUUUUCGAAAUGUGAUAGAUUAAUAUAGUUGAGAUUUCU